AUGUCUGAAAUAAAAAUAAGUUCUACCGGUUGGUUAGCUAUUUAUUUACGUAAUGGUAAUGUUGGUAUGUUUGAUUUAAAUGAUACAAGUUCAUGGCAAUAUCUUCAAGUUGAAUCGAUUGAAAAACAAUCAAAAGAUGUUAAUAAUGAUCUCAAUUAUCUUAAUCGUAAUUUGAUAAAAUUUAGUCCAAAUGGAGAAUUCUUAGUUGUAAAUGGACAAAAUGAACAAUUGUAUAUAUAUAUUCAAUCAAAUUUUGAAAAAUCUGAAGUUUGGUGGAAAUUACAAAGAAUAAUUUGUGUUAAAAAUUUUAUUUCUGCUAUGGAUUUAAAUAAUGAAUUUCUACUUAUUGCUGAUAAAAGUGGUGAUAUUUAUAAAAUUGAUUUAUUAUUUAAUAAUACUACCACUACUAAUAAUAAUAAUCUUAUGAUGACAGCUGAAAAUUGUAUUAUGCGACAUUUAUCUAUGUUACUUGAUAUUGCUUUUAUUCGUAUAAAUGAUAAAAAAUCAUUUAUAUUAACAGCUGAUCAAUAUGAAAAAAUUCAAUUAAUUCAAUAUCUAAAUACUUCUCAUAGUGGAAAAUAUUGUCUUGGUCAUACGGAAUUUGUAUCUCAUAUUAAAUUAAUUGAUAAUAAUCAUAUACUUUCAGCAUCAGGCGAUGGUACACUCCGUCUAUGGCAUCUUCCUGAUUGUAUACCACUUGUUUUAUUACAUUCAAAAGCACUUACAUUAUCAUCAAAACAAAUUUUUUAUACUCAAUUGUAUGAUUCAAAUAGUUCAUUAUCAUUAGAAGAUUAUCAACAAGAUACAAUGUCACAAGAAUCUUCAUUAGAUUUAUCUUCAACAUUAGAUUAUUCAAUUUGGAAAAUGGAUGUUGCUUCGUAUAAUUCUAUAAAUUCAAAUGUUUAUAUUGCUUUUUCUAUUUAUGCACAUCGAUUACAUUCAAUUUAUUUAACAAGUUUAUCAAAUAUAAAACAAUUAAUUAAUGAACAACGUCAAUUAAUAUUUGAUAUAAGUUAUGGUACAAUUAUUGAUUAUUGUUUUCCAUCAAAAGAUAUUUUAUUUAAUGAUUAUACAAUAUAUUCAAAAUGUAAUUUAUAUAUUUUAUUUGACAGCUAUGUAAUACUUAAUAUUAAUAUUAUUUCCAUAUUAUUAUCUGACCAAACAAAAUUAUUUGUAAAACCUAAUCAAACAAUUCAAGAAAUUAAUAAUAUAUUAGCUAGUAGAGAUAUUCAUUUAAUGAAUUAUAAUAUAAAAACAGAUGAAAUUGUAUUUCAACAAUUAUUUAAAAAUUCUAAUAAUAAUUCGUGUCAUAAACGUAAACUUGAAAUAGUUGAACAACAACAACAACAACAACAACAACAACAACAACAAAUAAAAAAACAAAUGUUAUCAUCACAAAGUGAUAAUGAAAUUCAACUGACUUAG